AUGGCCGCCCUACCACCUCUGCAGGAUUCUUCGAAACAAAUCAGACUCCUCAAACCUCGUCCAACGGCUCCUGGUGAGAUACUCUCCUUCGACAUAUCGGUGUGGGGUCUGGAGAAGGCGCCGCCGUAUAAUGCCAUCUCAUAUACUUGGGGAGAUCCGAACGGGCCGUCAGAGAUACCAAAGCUGUUUCGGGAAGAGGCUGAGCAGGUUGAGCUUGUUGAGCGGCUGGAGAAGUACCUGCAACCGGAGGCUAUCACGCAGGAGUAUCAUGAUAGCUUUCGUGCUUGGUUAGAAGAGGUCGGAUCGAGACGAAGUCUCGCGCACUGGAGACUGUAUGCUGAGUUCGGUUGUGUACUAUGGUGGAGCCAGAUACGCAGUGGAGAAAAUACCGAUCACAUUAUGACGCCUCACGCCCGUACUGCGCUCGAGAAAUUCGACUUCUCUUUGGUACCUCGACAACUUGCGACCCAAAAGUUCGAGCUAAAACGCCUCCGGGCCUCCAUACAAGAGGUGCAGCAGUCGGAGCGCAGAGCUGUUCGCAUCAGUGGCAAUCUACACCUACACCCAGUGCAGAAGAGCUGCUACUGUGUUCUACAACAAGCUACUCGCCAUUUUCCGAAUUCUCGCAUCUGGGUCGAUUCCAUAUGCAUCGAACAGAACAAACCUCUGGAGAAGAGUAGCCAGGUCGCGAUCAUGUUCAAGAUAUACCAAAACGCUUCGCGGGUGCUUGCUGGCUUAGGAGCCGCCGCAGAUAAUAGCGGCGAGCUUUUUGCGUUAAUGCAGACAAUGCACGCCAUCAUGGACAGAACGGAUAUCACGGUAGAACGCGGAUAUCUGCAACGCUCUCAAUCACCGAUCUGGCACGAGAUCUUUUCGAGCUUAAGCGACAUUGACAUCGCAAGUCUUGCUGCAAGCUCAAGGUCAUUGAGCGACAGGACGUACUGGAGUCGGCUGUGGGUUGUUCAGGAACUUUUCGCAGGUGCUCUUGGUGGACGCCACGUCUACUUCAUGUGCGGCUCGGAUAUAGUGACAGGCCACAUCCUUGUCUGGUUCUACGAGCUUAUAUGGGGCACCUCGCACGAAGGUGUUCAGGGUCGAGGCGUUUUGUCUAGGAUCAAGCACAGGCGCUCUAUCGAUCGAUGGGUCCCAACGGGGUAUUGGGUCUGCCAUCAGGCACUUGUGCCGAACUCGUCUAUGAUGGACACCCUUGCGAGCAACCAUUCCAUCUCGACCAGGCUGUGCGACUUGUUCUACAGGAAUUCGCACUUGCUUUGCGCGGACCCUCGAGAUUUCAUUUACGGACUGAUAGGCCUAGUGGACUGGGUCUCAUUGGACAUGCAGCCUCUACAGCCGGACUAUUCGAAAACACCAUUUGAAUUGGCUUUGCAGGUGCGCGCCAUAGUCACGGACGGAGAUGAUGUUGAAAUAAACGGAGGUUUUUGUGAACUAAUCCUAUCUCGUUUUGGCAUCGACGAAACGACACCAGACUUGCAAGCUUUGCUGCAGCGGCAGCACGACAUAGGCUCAGGAGUUUUAGAGUCCCUUCCAUGCCCUUUGAGGGACCAGAGGUACGCCUUUCCGUUGUACAACCAGUCUCUGAACAACGCAGUGGUGGAAUGUGUCGAACUUAGCGAAGUGCGUGGAGACGAGCUGGCGGUUCCGCCUCUUACGACGUGGCAGGGCAGUAUCAAGGAGAUGGGCAGGAGCACUCUUUCAAGUCGUCUACAGUCUUCUUCAGGAUACAAGUAUGUGAAAGAUGGCCCGCACAUGAUCGCAGCGCUGUGUCCAGAAGCAAUUGCCGGUGACGUCCUGAUACAAGCAUGGUUUCCCGAAAGAAUUGCCUUGGUACUGAGACGAUCGAUUGAUGUUCCGGAUAAGUUCGACAUCGUAGGACAGGCGAUGCUUGAAUUCGAUCUCGGGAGUCGAAGUCUGAGCUCUGUCGCAGGCCCUGGCUGCCGUUGCCCGGAGGACCGUUGCAUCCGUUUCGCGGCAGAAGUUGACAUGGCUUUGAGUGUCGGUGAUGCUCUGGCAUUGGAGGCCCAGGACUUUGACAGGAAUGGCUUCACGGGCCUGGGAUCGCGAAACCGACGGAAACGACUGAGCGUUUUUCCAGUAGCCAACAGAAUUGGAUCUGUGACCCUCAGAUAUCAACGCUGCUUGGGACGAACUAAGUUCAACUCUUGA